AUGAGUGAAAAUAACGCAAAUGAGGCUCAAUCUUUGUCAAUUGAGGAGGAGUAUGAACUUUGGAAAUCCAACGUACCGCUGUUGUACGACUUUGUAAGUGAAACUAGUCUGACAUGGCCUUCGUUAACAAUACAAUGGCUUCCUUCAAAUGAACCUGUGGAUAGCUGUAGACAGGAAUUGCUGCUUGGAACCCAUACAACUGACUAUGAAGAAAACUAUCUAAAAAUUGCUGCAGUGGAUUUACCCAAGGAAUUACUUGCAUCUACUGUGGGGCACGAUGAAUUAUCAAACGACAAUAAGUCUAAAAUCUCAAUUAUAAGAAAAUAUAAGCAUGAUGGAGAAGUCAUCAGAGCUAGAUAUAUGCCAUCAGACAGUAACAUCAUUGCUACAAUUAAUGGUAGUGGGGAGGUGUUUAUAUACGAUAGAUCAAAACCAAAAGCGGAGGGUUUAAUUAAAAGGUUGUCGCAUCACAAGGAAAACGGAUAUGGUUUGGCAUUCAAUCCCAUAGUACCAGGGAUAUUAGUCUCAGCCUCCGAUGACUCAACUGUCGCUAUUUGGGAUAUCAGUUCAAGUGUUAAGCCAAAAAAUGUUAUAACUGCACAUAAUUACGUUGUGAAUGACGCGAAGUGGCAUGAACUCGAUGGGAAUAUACUUGGGACAGUUUCGGAAGAUAACCGUUUAUUACUACAUGACGAAAGAUCGCUAUCAAAGCCUAUUAGAACCCUAGAAACGGCUUCCCCUUUCAAUACAUUGGCUUUUAGCAAGCAUAACACAAAUCUAUUUGCUGCUGCCGGAACAGAUUCUCAAGUAUACCUAUAUGAUAUGAGGAAUACUUCAAUUCAAUUGCAUAGCAUGGUCGGUCACCAAGCUUCUGUAACGAGUCUAGAAUUUUCACCGCAUAUCGAUGGUAUACUUUGUAGCAGUGGUAAUGAUAGACGUGUAGUAAUUUGGGACUUGACCCAAAUAGGAGCCGAACAAGCACCCGAUGAUGCAGAUGAUGGGGUUCCAGAAUUGAUGAUGAUGCACGCAGGUCAUAAAAGUGGUGUAAAUGAGUUUUCUUUCAAUCGUCAAAUCCCGUGGCUUAUGGGCAGUGUCGAAGAGGAUAAUAUUGUUCAUGUUUGGAAAUUGUCCAAAAAAUUGACCUCAUCUGAUAUUCCUGCUGUUAAAGACAUUCAUUCGUUGGAAUAA